UGAGCAUCACGUGAUAUGUGCGAGAUGUUAAAAAUGGUGGAUGAACUAAGCUGACACCUCCUUGUGACCGAUCAAUAUAUUUAUAACCAUGGCUUCAGAUUUGAACAAAUGACAUCGAAUCUCAUGUGCAUACGAUGUUUACCUAGAAAUGGUUGACUUUAUCAACACAUCAAACUUAUUUGAGCUGCCAAGCAACCAGAGAAGAUUAAGACAUUUGAAACUAGUCGCUGUGAGAAAUUUGAAAUGCCAGUUUCAGUUUGGGAAGGAACUCCGAGAACUGGAGACAUUUUUCAGUCUACACAAGGAUAGGGAUAGCAAAGAGUUCUAUCAAAGUGAGACCAUCACUGCAUCACUGAAUCCUUCCUGGCAGAGCUUUGACAUUAGCAGAUAUGAAGAUAAAAUUAACACCACAAGUCAAUCUCUUCUUGUUCGAGUGUGGGUGAAACACAAAUCUAGCAAGCGCCUCCUUUUGGACUGGAUGGUUGACCUUAAUGCACUGGAAUAUUUUGCUGACAAGCUCCAACAAGACAAAGGCGUGAAGUAUGCACCAAACACAGUGAUUUUUGGAAUGUUUGAUCAUUUCUUCUGUGCCCCAGACAUAAAAACAGUGGAUGUUAGUGCUGGAACUGAUCAAAAUAAGCCUGGCGAGGAGACAGCUGCUAAACCACUGUCAGUGACCAAUCAAUGUUUCCUAAAAGUGGAAAUAGCCAGUGUCAAAAAGUCCUACACAACAAGCUCUCUAUCAAGAAUUUACACAGUAUUACGAGCAAUUAAACAAACUCAAGCGUCAGUGCAUAAAGUGCGAAGGUCAAUUGAGGACAAGCUACUGUCUUCACAAGAGACUACAAGAAAGAAGGCACAGUGUGAGGACCUGAUCCUCAAGAGGGAACAACUCUGUUCUGAGGUCACCUGGAGGACAGCCUCUGUCAAUAAAAUGAAGGACCAAGCAGACCAGUGUCACAGCUCCAACCAAGAACAAGACACAGCAAUGAAAAAGAAUUGGGAGAAGUUGAGAGAGAAGUGGAAGGAACAUGGAGAAAAGAAGAAGGAUUACGACCAGACAAGGGAGAAACUGAUAAAAGAAAAUGCACAACUGUUUAUCAGAAGAAAACAACUAAUCAGGGAAUUAGCUGCCUAUAUUUACCCUAUCACUGAGAAGAAAGGGCAGUAUUUCAUUGCUGAUGUUUGCUUGCCUAAUUCAGAAGAUUUUCAAGGUAAAGAUGACAAUAUGAUAGCUGUCUCCCUUGGUUAUACUUGUCACCUACUGCUGAUGAUCUCUAGUGUCCUUGACAUUCCAUUGAGAUAUGGCAUGGACCAUCAAGUGUCAAGGUCAACCAUCCAUGAUCACAUCCACACAAAAUUAGAGGAUAAAGAGAGAGUGUUUCCUCUUUAUUCAAAGGGCAAAGAACAAACCUUGUUUAAGUAUGGUGUGUUUACUUUAAACAAAAAUAUAAGCCAGAUGAGAUUCUACUUGGGACUAGGGACUCCUGAUCUCAGAACUACACUGCAAAAUAUCAAAACCAUGUUAGAGAACAGGCUAGGAUUAAAACCGGAAAGCCAGACUGCUCUCUUGCGACCAAUGGGUGAGAGGCAAAACAGUGAAUUUGAUAAAACAGACACUCAGAGCUCUCUUGCAUCAUAUGGAAGAAUGGUUGAUCUCAGAAGAGACUUCAGUGUGCCAAUGGCAGAAGAAACUUUGAGGCAAUCUCCACCGACUUUCAGCAGCAGCAAAAAAUCUGAGGAGGACAUAUUUAACCCAAGUAGUGAUGAUAAUUUUUUCAAAAUUUCCAAUCCUGUGUCGGAACGAUUGGCGGUUUUCGACAGUGAAAUUAACGGUGGUGCGCAAGACGGAGUAAAUUUUCAUUCGUCAUGGGACAGUCGUAGACGGACGUGCAUUAAUGGUGUAGAGACAAGUAAUUGUAAUGGUUCAGAGCAGGAUGAUGAACAUAUUUAUGAAAGUAUUUCAGUCAGUGGGAACAGUGAACGUUUAGAGAAAUCUGAGACACAAUCAAAUAGUCAUAUAUCAUGAUUAUUGAUGAAUCUGUUGAUUAUUAGGGGCAAAAUAAUAUUAAUGUUAUAAAUGAGAUGACUUUGAAAAUUAUAUUCAUGCAAUGUUAUGUUAAGAAAAUACUUAAAUAAUAAAUCAUAAUUUUCAAAAAUUUAUAUUGACA